AUGAAGCUCAGGUGCGGAGACUGAGGGACCGCACUGUUGUCCGCACGGAUGGGCGCACGAGAAGAACCUUUUGAUAAUUAACCAUUCUGAUUAAAAUGGCCAAAAAUACGUCUCUCUAUUUUCGAAUUGUCGAGGGCAGGAGUCUCCCAGCCAAAGACGUGUCCGGGACCAGUGAUCCCUACUGCAUCGUAAAAGUUGACAAUGAAGUGGUGGCGAGGACGGCCACGAUCUGGAAGAACCUGAAUCCGUUCUGGGGGGAGGAGUACACGCUCCACCUGCCCAUGGGGUUCCACUCGCUGUCCUUCUACGUCAUGGACGAAGACACCAUCGGCCAUGAUGACGUCAUCGGGAAGAUAUCUCUCAGCAAAGAGGCCAUCGGUUCCCAAGCCAAAGGGCUGGACAGCUGGGUAAACCUGACCAGAGUGAACCCAGAUGAGGAGGUCCAGGGGGAGAUCCACCUGGGUCUGGAGCUGCACAGAGACACAGAGAAGGUCUGCCUGCGCUGUCACGUCAUCGAGGCCAGGGACUUGGCUCCCAGAGACAUCUCAGGAACCUCGGACCCGUUCGCCAGAGUCAUCGUCAACCACCAUAGCGCAGACACCUCGAUUAUCAAGAAGACUCGUUUUCCACAUUGGGGAGAAAACCUGGAGCUGGAUUUGGAGCUGGAAGAGCUGAGCGACGAGGCCAUGGUCACGCUGGAGGUCUGGGAUUGGGACAUGGUGGGCAAGAAUGACUUCCUGGGAAAGGUUGAAAUCCCCUUCGCUUGCUUGCACAAGACACCUCUACUGCAGGGCUGGUUCCGUUUGCUCCCUCUGGGAAACAAUGAAGAUGAUGUAGGUGGUAAAUUGGGGGCGCUGCGUCUGAAGGUGCGCUUGGUAGAAGAUCGCAUCCUCCCUUCCAUGUACUACCAGCCCCUCAUGGACCUGCUGGUGGAGUCGGUCAUCUCUCCCACAGAGGUGGAGGAGAGCAGCCCCCUGACCAUGCUGGAGGAGGUGACCACGGUGGAGAGCCGGCAGGAUAUUGCCAUGACGCUGGUGAAGAUCUACCUGGGCCAGGGUCUGGUGGUUCCCUUCCUGGACUACCUCAACACCCGCGAGGUCUAUCACACCUCGGAUCCCAACACCCUUUUUCGAUCCAACUCGCUCGCCUCCAAAGCUAUGGAGCAGUUCAUGAAGGCUGUUGGCAUGCUCUAUCUGCACGAGGUGCUGAAGCCCAUCAUCAACCGAGUCUUCGAUGACAAGAAGUAUGUUGAGUUGGACCCGUGUAAGAUCGAACAGAACCGCUCCAGGCGGAUCUCCUUCAAAGGGGCGGUGUCGGAGGCGGAGGUGCGGGACAGCAGCGUGGAGAUGCUGCAGGCCUACCUGACCAGCAUCCUGCAGUCCAUCGUGGCCUCCGUGGACCAGUGCCCCCCGGUCAUGAGGGUUGUCUUCAAACAGCUGCACAAGAGGGUGGAGGAGCAGUUUGUCCAGCCGGAGAACGAGGACGUGAAGUACCUGGCCAUCAGUGGGUUCUUCUUCCUGCGUUUCUUCGCACCUGCCAUCCUCACUCCCAAGCUCUUCCACCUGAGGGACCAGCAUGCAGACACACGCACCAGCCGGACCCUGCUGCUGCUGGCCAAGGCCCUGCAGAGCGUGGGUAACCUGGGCCUGCAGCUGGGUCACGGCAAGGAGCAGUGGAUGGCGCCGCUCCACCCCAUCAUCCUCUGCAGCGUGGCGUCCGUCAAGGACUUCCUGGACAAGCUGAUCGACAUCGACCACGACGGCGUCUCCGAGGGGCCCCUGAGGGCAAGGUUCCUGCCCUCGGUCACCGUGAAGGAGGGGUACCUGCACAAGCACAAGGCUGAGGGCCCGCAGCUCUUGUCCCGCUUCGCCUUCAAGAAGCGCUAUUUCUGGCUUACCAGCGAGACCCUGGCCUACGCCAAGACGCCCGACUGGCAGGUGCGCUCCUCCAUCCCUAUUCAGCGUGUGUGUGCAGUGGAGAGGGUGGAUGAGAACGCCUUUCAGCAGCAGCACGUGAUGCAGGUCAUCACCCAGGACAACGACGCACAGCUGCACACUAUGUACAUCCAGUGCAAGAAUGUGAACGACCUGAACCAGUGGCUGUCGGCGAUCCGGAAAGCCAGCAUCUACAACGAGCGCAUGCUGCCCUCUUUCCACCCUGGGGCGCAUCGCAGUGGCAAGUGGAGCUGCUGCCUGCAGGCGGAGCGCGGGGCUCUAGGAUGCAGCAGAAGCCACUCGGCUGUGACCCUGGGGGACUGGAGCGACCCCCUGGACCCCGACGUGGAGACCCAGACCAUCUACAAGCAGCUCCACCAAGGCAGGGACAAACUCGGGAAAAAGUAUUUGGACCCGGCAGCCGGCGAUACGGAGGAG